UAGACCCGGCAGGAAGGAUGAACGCUAAAGGUCUGCCUGGAUUAGAAGUGUUAUUCCGGGAACAGACUCGACUGUCGAAGAAGCUGAGCGUGGAUGAGUUGGCGGCUGUUAGACGCUACAUAGAACAACGGGUGACAUUCGAAAACCAGAGUCUUCUGUUCAAACUCCGCCACCUCAAGUCCACACAGGAUCUCAGUGAGAGGGAAUAUGAGCGAUCCCUAACUACGCUGCAGCGAGAGUUGGAUAAAGAAAAAUGGAUUGCUCAAGAGUUUCAGCGAGAGUUUGGAAGUCUCGCGAGAGUUCUUCAACAACGAGAUGAAAGAUAUCGCAUGAAGAACGACACAUUGAUCUCUGAUUUGAAAAAGGCGAGACGUACUUUGUCUAGCGUCGAUGACAUGAAAGAAAGGAUGAAUAACGAAAUUAAACAGAAAGACUGUGUUAUUAAAGAGCAAGAACUGAAAAUGAAUCAGCUGAGGGAUAAUAACAGGAAACGGUAUGAGAUAGUGGAACUGAAAUAUUCCGAAGAGAGAGACAAAAUGAAUAAAGAAAUAUUGCGAUUGAAAUAUAUGUUAGAUGAGAAGAAUAAGGAAAUAACAAAUCUCAAAAUAGAUUUGUAUGAACGAAAGAUGGUGGAGAAAAACGUGCGGUUCAAGGACACUUAUUGUGACGCUGGCAUGUGCAAAGCACGUGCAGACCUAGACCAAUGUCGGACCCAGCUUGUCCACAAAUGUACAGAAAUAACGUCCCUGAACUUCCAGAUCGAGCAAGGCAAACAGAAGAUCCGCGAGCAGGCCAAGCUGCUGGACUAUCUCUCCCCCGUGUUGAGACAGAGAGACGAUGCCAGGAACAACCAUUGCUCCAACACACGGGCGAGGAGGCUGACGGCUUACACUCUCUCCAGCGUCAGGAAAUCAGGCUCUAGGAUUUGAUAGAGAGGUGGGACUUCAUGUACUCCCUCCAGUGUCAGAACAUCAGUGUCAUGGUGACAGAGAGGUGUGGCUUCGUGUACACCAGUCAUGAUGUGUGUACCGUUUUCACGGAAAGGAAAAUAUGAAGCUAGAAAGUUUCAAAGGUUUCCAAAGCGACAUGUAAAUAGACAUCUGCAGUUCGUUGAGGUGAGAUUUCGGCCGACUCACAAAGGUGAUGUGAUCAACCCGCGGCGGUGAUUUCAUGAUAUUAGCAUUGACAUGCAGAGCUGUUAUUAAACUCUUUACUCUAAAUAGUUUUCAAAGUUAAGGACUUUUGAAUUUUCGAUAUUUUAAAAAGAGAAUUGCAAUGGCUCAGUGUUGUUCCAUCAUCCCAUCUGUAUCAUGAGCAGUUUGCAUUAUUAUGUCGUGUUCGUUGAAAUAA